ACAGUCGUGUCUAGGCGUACGUUACGGUCGUUAGGAUUUCCAGCAAUAACGGCCGACUCGCAAUCAUGUUGGCGCUGCCGGAACGUGUGGUCGGUCUCGUUGAUAUGGUCUUCCAACCCCCACUGGGUUUCUUGGUCAAAGGGAGAAGAAUGACUCCCCCUCACACUCGCUUCAAACUCUUAUCUCACAAUCGUUUAUCACACCGUUCCCGCCAUACGUUCAACCGUGCUGAGCCUCAGCACUCCUUUAUAGAGACUGUAACUCCUGUACAGGAGGAUGGUCUCCACUCGUUAGAUCAAACACGGGAUACCAGCGUGGAUGGGCUUAACGGAGGUCUCAAGCCUUCUGAAGAGCCCGAGAUCGAACCAGUGGACUGCACCCUGUCUGGCUGUGAACAUCUCUCCGAUGAGCAGGCUACUUCAACGAUACCAUCUUUUGAAGCUGGUGAUCUUCCGGUUGGAUCCCCACGACACGUCAAGGAAGGUUACAUUAUACGACGGGGUGUGACCUCUUCCACAAGCGUCAGUAAGGAGGCAGCCAUGACUCUUAACCAGGCAGUCACCGUUCUACCACUAUCUACCCUUGCAUCUUCUAUCCUUACAUCUCCUACACUCACAUCUCCUACACUUACACCUCUUGCACUCACAUCUUCUACCCUUACAUCUUCUCACUCUACUGCGUCAUCUGCCAACAGUGUUUAUCAAUGCGAUGGCGUCCUUUGUUCCCUGUCCACGAUCACUCUUCAGACAUCUGGUCAGCAGUCCCCUUCUACGCCAAGCUCGAACACUAUAUACCCCGCAUCCUCGAUUCCCAAUGACGCUACAGUCUCCCCGAACCCUGAUACAUCCGCAACAACAACAGCAAUAACAACGAUAUCGCUUCAGCCUGUCCUGGCAUCUGGCACAGCUUCAUUGAGCAGCACUGUUGUGGCUUCGAGCGCAUCAGCCCAAUCAACAUCAGUGUCUGACACCAAUUCAGACCCUCAAUCACCUCCGCACACAGCUGCCAUCGUAGGAGGGGCUAUUGGAGCGGUCGCGCUUCUAGCUCUUCUAAUUUUUAUUGCGAUAUGCUAUCGCAGGAGAAGGCAACCUUCUGUGACACCUUUCAUCCUGCCCUCAACUGCAGCAGCAGCGCAGACCGUGUCACCGGUCUCGCUCAGGGCCCAGAGCAUAGGCGAUGCCGUUCGUCCAGAUAACAGAAGUCUAUCGUCUGUUUAUUCAGACCCAUACCGCAUGGAGUAUCCCGGCAACAAACACUCGUCCUUUCUCAUAGAUUCCGUAUCAAAUCACUUACCCGACAGCGACAACGAGUUUCCAUCCGUCAUUGUCCUGCAUCAACAAUCCAACGGGCUAGAAAGACUGGAUCUAUCUCCAUCUCGCGCCUGCACCUCCGAUCAUUAUUGUCAUUCCAGUGUAGAAAACUGGGUCCAGCAAGUUGUUAUGGAGGAUUGUUCGCGAGAAUCAAGCGAAGUGUUGCCGGCAUAUUGGUCAACGAAAUCUUUGAAGAAUGGGAAAACGAAAUCUUGGAAGAACGAGAAAAUAGGUCAUGAUGAUUAUGAUGUCCCAUCCAGUCCUUCCCCUCUCCUCCCUUGAUCAUCGAUCGCCAAGACCAUGCGCGAUACGGUGUACUUUUAAUACUUUACGCGCUAUUCCCUCCGCUUCUCGGACAUCUGUACAUACGUGUGGCAUGUAAUGGGCGUAUUGUUGACGAGGCCGCCAAUACAAAGCGAACAUAUUACGUCCGCUGCCUCACCGUCGGGCCUUCCUCAUGCAUUAUAGGCGCCUCCAUUGGCGCUUUCAGGAGUACGCGUGGACCUAGCUGUCAAUGAGCUCGGGUCUGGAAACACUUGACGGCAUGAUGAUAGUGCCUCAAACGCAGGAAACAUGACCUUGAAUAAGCAACUGCGAUCUACGCUGUCACGGUAUUGUCCGCGUUGAGUAAGCAACCCGUUG